AUGGCGUAUUCCGAGCAACACAUCAAAAGCCUGAAGAACAAGAGCUUGUUUUCGGGCGAGGCCCUCAUUGACGGAAAAUGGGUCACCAAGGACAAAAAGUUUGAUGUCUAUGAGCCCUCGAGUGAGGCCGUUCUCGGCCAGGUGUCCAACUGCUCGCUAGAGGACUUCCAGACGGCCAUCCAGAGCGCCGACGUGGCACAGCGAGCCUAUUUUGAAAGCACCACGGGUGCGAAGAGAGGCCAGCUGUUGCGGAGGUGGAACGACCUGGUCCUGGAGAACAUUGACGAUCUCGCCGUCAUCCUCUCGCUCGAAAACGGCAAGACGCUGAGCGAGGCCAAGGGCGAGGUGCUCUACGCAGCCAGCUUCCUCGCCUGGUUUGCCGAGGAGGCCACACGUGCGUACGGCGUGACCAUCCCGUCGUCGACGCCGCACACGACGCUGAUGACGCUGCGCGAGCCCGUUGGCGUAUGCGCCAUCAUCACGCCGUGGAACUUUCCCGCGGCCAUGAUCACGCGCAAGGUUGGUCCAGCCCUGGCGGCCGGCUGCGCCGUCGUGAUCAAGCCGCCCAGCGAGACACCCUUUACCUGCACGGCCUUGACCAAGCUGGCAGUCCUGGCCGGCAUUCCCCCGGCGACCAUUCAGGUCUGCCCGACCAAGGACCGGCAGGCGGCCACGGAACUCGCCACGAACCCGCUGGUCAAGAAGCUCAGCUUCACCGGCUCGACCGGCGUCGGAAAGAUGCUGGCUAAGCUAGCCACUGGCACACUCAAGAAGGUCAGCCUCGAGCUCGGCGGCAACGCGCCCUUUAUCGUCUUCAACGACGCCAACCUCGACCUCGCUGUCGAGGGCGCUAUGCUCUGCAAGUUCCGCUGCUCCGGACAGACAUGCGUCUGCGCAAACCGUCUGUAUGUUCAGAAGGGCGUGGCUAAGGAGUUCACCGCAAAGCUGGUUAAGGCAGUUCAGGUGCUCAAGACCGGUCCCGGCCUGGACGCGACCACGACCCAGGGUCCGCUCGUGAACAAGGCCGCCGUCGACAAGGUCCGAGAGCAUGUGGCGGAUGCGGUUGCCAAGGGCGCCAAGAUUGAAGUCGGCGGCAAAGUUACGCGCACUACUGGUUUCUUUUAUGAUCCCACCGUGCUCUCGGGCAUGAAGUCUGAGAUGAUCGUCAGCCGCGACGAGACGUUUGGUCCCCUGGCGCCUGUUUUCGAGUUCGAGACCGAACAAGAGGUUCUGCGGCUGGCCAACGACACCGAGCUCGGCCUGGCCGGUUACUUCUUCUCCCAGGAUAUUGCGCGGGCCAUGCGCGUCGCACAGAAGCUGCAGGUCGGCAUGGUCGGCGUCAACACGGGCAAGAUCAGCGCUGCCGAGGCGCCCUUUGGCGGCGUCAAGGAGAGCGGAUACGGAAAGGAGGGCAGCCUCUACGGCAUGGACGAGUACCAGAUUACGAAGAGCGUCACGAUCGGAAACCAGGAUGCUGGUCUGUAG